UAUUCUGGUAUGCUGACAAUUUCAAGUCGACUUGUUUGGUCUCUCCGUCUGUGUCCUAUCGUGGGUACGGUAGCACACCAGUUCUUUCCCACAUUACCAAAAAGUCACAAACAAAGCGUGUCGCAGAUCUAAUCCCCCACACCAAAACUCACACAACACAGAUAAAGAUCCCAACCCAAACCCCCAGGCUUCAUCGACGACGAUGGGGUCUUAUUCUUCUUCGCCUCUGUGGGCCCGUACCCUCGCCGUCUUCCUCCUCCUCCUUUUCUCAACCCCCUCCCUGGCCGAGAUCCGCUCUUCGGAGAUCCGAAACGACGAGCGCCCAAUCAUCCCCUUCGACCAGUUCGGCUUCACCCACACGGGCCGCCUCGAGCUCUCCGUCUCCAAGAUCUCCCUCUCCAACUCCAACCUCGACCUCUCCAUCGUUGGCUUCUUUCUAUGCACCCUCGACUCGUGGCUCCACGUGUUCCAGCAGCUCGAGGACGGCGAGAUCCGCUGCGCCCUCCAGUCCGAUCUCGUCAAGACCGUUUACACCUUCAACUCCCUCAACGGCCACGAUUCUUUCACCACCGUCUACAACGAGACCGACUCCGACCAGUACAACCUCGUCUUCGCCAACUGUCACCCGCAGCAGCUCAAGGUCUCCAUGAACGUCCGAUCCGCCAUGUACAACCUCGAUGGCAAGACCGGCAUCCGCGACUAUCUCUCCGCCGGCCGCACCGUUCUCCCUAGGGUUUACUUUCUCUUCUCUCUUGUUUACUUCUCCAUCGCCGUCGUGUGGAUCGUCGUCCUCUACCGGAAGCGAUUAACCGCCUUCCGCAUCCAUUACUUCAUGCUGGCGGUAGUGAUCUUGAAAGGUCUGAACCUCCUUUGCGAGGCUGAGGAUAAGUCCUACAUCAAGCGCACUGGAAGCGCUCACGGCUGGGAUGUGCUGUUUUACAUCUUUAGCUUCUUGAAGGGGAUUUCGCUCUUCACCCUUAUUGUCUUGAUUGGCACUGGUUGGUCCUUCAUCAAGCCUUAUCUUCAGGACAAGGAGAAGAAGGUCUUGAUGAUUGUUAUUCCCCUUCAGGUUAUUGCCAAUAUCGCUCAGGUUGUUAUUGAUGAGAGCGGGCCUUAUGGCCAUGACUGGAUCACAUGGAAGCAGGUGUUCUUGCUGGUGGAUGUUGUUUGCUGCUGCGCUGUUCUCUUCCCUAUUGUGUGGUCUAUCAAGAACCUUCGCGAGGCGGCCCGGACCGACGGCAAGGCUGCCGUCAAUUUGAUGAAAUUGACCUUGUUCAGACACUACUAUGUGGUUGUAAUCUGCUACAUUUACUUCACCAGGGUUGUGGUGUACGCGCUGGAGACCAUCACCUCCUACCGCUAUUCCUGGACCAGCGUCGUCGCCGCCGAGCUGGCCACACUUGGUUUCUAUUUGUUUACUGGAUACAAGUUCAAGCCGGAGGCUCACAAUCCGUAUUUCGUUAUUGAUGAUGAAGAGGAGGAAGCGGCGGCGGAGGCACUCAAGCUUGAGGAUGAAUUUGAGUUGUAAUUCCCUGAAAAGAAGGAAAUAGAACAGAGAAGAAACAAAUAAUGUUUUCCCGGGGUUAGGUGGUUGAAAGAAGUUGGUAUGACUUUUGGAGGAAGUUCAGGUUUCACCUCAACCAGAAGUAGGAAUAUGUUACAUUUUGUGAGGUAUAGUCUUUAUUGAUAAUCCUGUGUUUAUAUAUAUAUAUAUUUUUUUUGUUCUGGACUUGUGCUCAGCACUUUGAACUGGUGCCAUGUAAUUCCGUGAAUCAUAUAUUACUGUUGCUGCAAAUACAUUUUGUUUCUCAGUUGUAAACAUGGGGUAGUAUUUCUGUUUGUCAUU